AUGAUGUUACGCACGGUAGCUGUGUGCGCAUUGUUAAUACUUUCCGUCACAAAUAAAGGUGCCAACGGUCAUCGCCGCUACGGACAGCAUGAUAGCGGAGAAGAUGAUGAUCAUUACGAGCAACCGCGCGGAUACGGUCAACAGCAGGGAUUACCUGUAGGAGCCGGUUUUGGAUACAACCCAUACUACGGCAUGCAACAGUAUGGGUAUGGCGCACAGCCGAACCUGUUCGAGGUGGUCACGAAGAACACGGCUGCAGUGUUUGAUAGCGUUAACAAACAGAUCGGACAGACGUUUAAUGCCGUUGCGCGACCGAUCGGUACCGGGUUUGGAUUCAUACCCGGUCAGUUUGGAGCGCCGGGACCGAUCGGUUCGUUCGGAUUCGUUCCACCCGGGCAACAGCCGGGAUACACACCGGGAGGCCAUCCGCCUGGAUAUGGGUAUGAAGGUCAUCAUCAUCAUCAGCAUGGCCAUCAUGGAAGACCGGAUGGGCAAUUCCAAGGCAAUAUGAAUCCGCAUGGUAAUUGGCAUCAAGGAGGACAUCCGUACGAAGAUAGACCACAUCAAGGAACGUACGUUCCGUCCGUACCGACGGCACCCGUUACUCCGGGUGUGAAACCUGCCCCAGUUCCUCCAACGCAACCACCCGUACCAUCGCCUCCGGCUCCAGUUACACCUGGAGUGCCAGUCCAACCUCCUGCAGUGCCUUCGCCACCUCCACCACCACCUCCACCGGUAGUGGAUCCUAAUCCUCCACGAGUAAAUCCACCACCACCUCCACCGGUAGUGGAUCCGAAUCCCCCACGAGUAAAUCCACCACCACCACCACCUCCUACCGAUAACAGCUGGUCCUCUGGCAAUGUCCCUCCAGUAGCACCGCCGCCUCCUCCACCACCAGCACCACCAACUUCAGGUGACAACAGCCUUCCACCUGUAGCGCCACCACCUCCACCACCACCAUCACCUCCAGUCAAUGUCCCACCCGUGGCACCUGCUCCGCCCGCACCUAAAGAAAGCAUUACGACGGAGAACGAGGAGGAUGAUAAGACCAUAUAUGACAUUGAUAUUCGCGGAGAGUUUGAAGGUAUUAAGGCACGACGAAAGCGCCAGUUCUUUCCGAAUCUGUUUAACCAAAUUGGAGGACUCGUAAACACCGCGGUCAACUCUGCUGGAACAGUUGCCCAAGGCGCUUUGAACGCCGGUCAACAGCAGGUAUUGGGUUUCCCCAACUUCUUCGGCCAGGGAAGACCUCCCCGACCUCAACAGCCAGCACAGCCACAAGCACCGAAUAAUCCACCCCAACAGCCGCCGCCACCACCUCCUCCACAACAACCAGUGAAUCCACCGGUUCAGCAAGGUAGUAAAACACCGGAACUUAACCUUCAGACUCUCGGAGAGGAUGGGAUGAUUUGGACGUACGAAACGCUCGGUGUGACAUCACCACCACCGGGACGCGUACGACGUAACACGGAUGCGAUCUACUUUCCAGACGAUGAUGAUGACGAUCGGUUCACGAAUCUUCACAACAAACCGGUGAAUCCGCCGCCACCACCUCCACCACCGUCUCCGGCUUAUCAUCCAUCCGUAGGUUCCAACGCAGGCGCUCAGAGUCAAUCGCAGAACGUAGCAAACGGGUUCCAGCAGAGCAGCGGCUCGCAGAGUCAAACACAAACCGUCCAAAACCAACAUGGUACCUUCAACCAAAAUGCAGCGGGCAGUACGUCGGGCAAUGUGGCGGUGGAUGGAUCAUCCGGUCAGCUGAGUGCGGCCAACACGCAGCAGCAAAGCUUCCAGACUGCGCAUGGUUCGGGCAGUCAGAACCAAGCCAACAGUCAAUCGGCCAACUUCGACAAAAAUGGCAACCUGCAGCUAUCCAACUCGAACGCAAACACCAUGUCGAUCCGGGAGAAGGAUAAGUACAAGGAGCAAGCGAACGCGGGUUCUUCCUCGGUCGUGCAGAACCAAUUCGGUCAACAGUCGAGCAAUGCGCAAACCAACUCGGAAACGUUCUUCGAGAACGGCGUGCAGGGCAAUAAGAACAGUGCCUCCAGCCAGAGCUUGCAGACAAACAAGGAUGGUUCGGUGUCUGGUUCGAACAGUAACACCAUGUCCAACACGUUCACCGGUCCGGGUGGUUUAACCGGUUCGUCCUCAUCCAGCCAAUCGUCCUCGUUCAACCAAGGUGGCGCUGGUCAUGGUGGCGCACAAUCAGGUGCAUCAAGCGGCGCUACCAGUGGGGCAUCGUCAAGCGGUGCAUCCUCCAGCAGCAGCGCUUCGUCCAGUUCGUCUGGCGCGGGCGCGGGAUCACUCAGCAUAAGUGCAUCGUUCUCGGGGAUUCCUUUCGGGCAGAUCCCUUUGAACACCUUCUUGCCCAACCUCUUCCCGAAGCUAACUGGACAGCAGCAAGGUAUGAGAGGUGCGCUAUUUUAA